GUUAUUGUUUUACCCUCUGUGAAUUUCCUAACAGAGGUUCCAGAGGGGACUUGGGGGCCAAAAAGAAAAAGAAGAAACAGAAGAGGAAAAAGGAGAAACCCAAUUCCGGAGGCACCAAGUCAGACUCUGCAUCUGAUUCCCAGGAGAUUAAGAUUCAACAGCCUUCAAAACACAACAUCAUCUGGCAGCAGAUUUCAGCGGGAGCAGCCACGGAGUCCUGCCAUCCCAGUGCAGAAGUUGCAGGACAUCCAGAGAGCAAUGGAGCUGCUGUCGGCGUGCCAGGGCCCCGCCAGGAGCAUCGGUGAGGCUGCCAAGCACAGAUACCAGUUUUGGGACACACAGCCGGUACCCAAACUAAAUGAAGUGAUAACAUCUCAUGGUGCAAUUGAAGCAGAUAAAGACAAUGUGCGCCAAGAACCGUACUCCUUGCCACAGGGCUUUAUGUGGGACACGUUAGAUUUGGGUAAUGCAGAAGUGCUCAAGGAGUUGUACACCUUGUUAAAUGAGAAUUACGUAGAGGACGAUGACAACAUGUUCCGGUUUGACUAUUCGCCCGAGUUCCUGCUGUGGGCGCUGCGUCCCCCAGGCUGGCUUCUCCAGUGGCACUGUGGAGUCAGAGUGUCUUCGAACAAAAAACUGGUAGGGUUCAUAAGUGCCAUCCCAGCAAAUAUUCGGAUUUACGACAGUGUGAAGAAGAUGGUAGAAAUCAACUUUCUUUGCGUUCAUAAAAAAUUGAGAUCAAAACGGGUAGCCCCAGUGUUAAUUCGAGAAAUAACUAGAAGAGUGAACCUGGAAGGGAUUUUCCAGGCCGUUUAUACUGCUGGCGUGGUUCUUCCGAAGCCAGUGGCCACGUGCAGAUACUGGCAUCGGUCACUAAACCCCAGAAAAUUGGUAGAAGUGAAAUUUUCUCACUUGAGUAGAAACAUGACUUUACAGAGAACAAUGAAGCUGUACAGACUUCCAGAUGUGACAAAGACUUCAGGCUUGAGACCAAUGGAACCAAGAGAUGUCAAAGCAGUUCGAGAAUUAACCAACAGUUACCUGAAGCAGUUUCACCUUGCCCCGGUGAUGGAUGAAGAGGAAGUAGCCCACUGGUUCCUCCCCCAGGAGCACAUUAUUGACACGUUUGUAGUGGAGGUAAAGAUAAGGUGAUAUGAUGGGUCAGAGAAAUAGGAAGACACUAUAUGCCACAGUCCGUUUUCCAGAAAGAUCACACCGUGCCAUCUUUCCUCUUCCUCCAUGACUUGCCGCUUCUAUACCAGAUUUCUGUUCACCCUG